AUGUCUGAACAGCAGCACUUCGAGACGCUGCAGCUCCACGCUGGUCAGGAGCCUGAUCCUGCGACCAAUUCUCGCGCAGUCCCGAUCUAUGCUACUACUUCGUUUGUCUUCAAUGACUCGGCCCAUGGCGCGAGACUGUUUGGCCUCAAGGAGUUUGGCAACAUCUACUCCCGCAUCAUGAACCCCACGGUCGAUGUGUUUGAAAAACGCAUUGCUGCUCUCGAAGGCGGCGUCGCCGCCGUAGCUGCAUCGUCCGGCCAGGCCGCGCAGUUCAUGGCCAUCUCAGCGCUCGCCCACGCUGGCGAUAACAUCAUCUCCACCACCAACCUGUACGGCGGCACGUACAACCAGCUCAAGGUCUUCCUGCCCCGGCUCGGCAUCCAGACCAAGUUCGUGCAGAGUGACAAGGCUGCCGACUUUGCCGCGGCCAUUGAUGAGAAGACCAAGGCGAUCUAUGUCGAGACCAUUGGCAACCCUCGCUACAACGUGCCUGAUUUUGAGGCUCUUGCCAAGGUGGCCCACGACAAUGGCAUUCCUCUCGUCGUCGACAACACGUUCGGCGCAGGCGGCUACUUUGCGCGUCCCAUCGACCACGGCGCCGACAUCGUCGUGCACAGUGCCACCAAGUGGAUUGGCGGCCACGGCACCACCAUCGGCGGUGUCGUUGUCGACAGUGGCAAGUUUGACUGGGGCAAAAACGCUGCCCGGUUCCCGCAGUUCAACGAGCCUUCCGAGGGCUAUCACGGGCUCAAGUUUUGGGAUACCUUUGGCCCUAUCACGUUCGCGAUCCGCCUCCGAGUCGAGAUCCUGCGAGACUUGGGCUCGACGCUCAACCCCUUUGCCGCGCAGCAGCUGCUACUCGGUUUGGAGACGCUGAGUCUGCGCGCUGAGCGCCAUGCGACCAAUGCGCAGGCCCUGGCGCACUGGCUCGAGAAAAAUGAGAAUGUGAGCUGGGUCUCGUAUCCGGGUUUGGAAAGCCAUGCCAGCCAUGAGACUGCGAAGCGAUACCUGCCCCGCGGCUUUGGCGGCGUCUUGUCCUUUGGAGUAAAAGGCGGUGCUGCUGCUGGUAGCCAGCUUGUGGAUGGAUUCAAGCUGAUUUCCAAUCUUGCCAAUGUCGGCGACUCCAAAACCCUCGCUAUUCACCCGUGGUCGACCACGCACGAACAGCUGUCCGAGCAGGAACGCAUCGACUCUGGCGUGACCGAGGACGCGAUCCGUAUCUCCGUCGGAACUGAGCACAUUGACGACAUCAUCGCUGAUUUCGAGCAGUCGUUCAAGGCGGAGAAGGUACUGGCGGAUAGGACGUAG